AGAACCUUUCUUUUUACUAAAGAGCCCUUCAGGAACCGUUUUUUUAAGACUGUAGGCUGUAUUUCUAAGGAUUUUUGAGGUCAUUUAUGUUUGCCUUCCCAAAAAUCCCUCCAUAACAAUACAAUACAUAUGUUACUUAAUCUGUUGCUCUUGGCGCUGAAUCCAUCUCUCUCUCCUUAAAUGUAUACAUAUGUGUACGUUUGCUCUCAUUCAGUAAAUCAGUAAUAUUGGGCUCUGUAUUCUGUUUUGAGAGUUAAACGCAAUUUCUUGCCCUGUAAAGUCUUGAGCAGCAGGUGACGCUAUUGGCCUUCAGUCCUGCUUCUCCCUGCCCGUGCCUCCCCACCCUCCUGUGUCCCCUUUGCCAACUUAUCAAAUGUUUUGCCCACCUCCAUCAAUAACCUGCUGGUACGAUCUAACCAAAUUUAUGACUGGACGACACACGCACGUGAUUCCCUGAAACAAUCCAUAUUUGGGCAAUAGAAACUGAGAAAAAAAGAGAAAAAACCCUUCACCUAUAAAUCCUGCUCGUUUUAGCAUAUAAAGCCCCCACGACGUUCAAAAGAGCCACAAAUCAAAUACAUUUACAAUAACAAAAUUAUCGGCUCCGCGCAGUAAUUCAACUGCGUAAAUGUUUCUCUUCUGCGGCGCGUCGCUCGUGAGAUGAUGACCUCUUACGUUUCCGGUUCGUGGUUCGACAAGUCAAGCCACGAAGCGCCCGCCUUCGCUCGCGGCUCCUCGGCGUCCGAGCCGCCUCGUUGUUUCUUCGGUCCGCUUGAGCACCGGAGCGGCUCGAUCAGGGGCACGUCAGCGUGGAGCUCGAGGACGGCGGAGGGCACAGGCUCCGGUCGGCCUGGCAGCGCUGGAGCGGGGCCACACAUGGAGUCUCCAAAAGUCCCAAAUCUGGGCACCCUGAAUCGCGGAAUUCGCCUGGAAGAUCAGAGCGGAAGGAAAAGCGCGGCGGAGAGCGAAGCGGGAGCUUCCCGGUCCGUUCCGGCAACGCGCGAAGCUCGUCAGGCGCCACUAAGCGCGCAACAGCCUCAGAUUUACCCCUGGAUGACUAAACUGCACAUGAGCCACGAAUCGGAUGGGAAACGUCCUCGGACGAGUUACACCCGAUACCAAACCCUGGAACUGGAGAAAGAGUUCCAUUUCAACCGCUAUCUCACGCGGCGGAGGCGCCUCGAGAUUGCCCACAGCCUGUGUCUGAACGAAAGGCAGAUCAAAAUCUGGUUUCAGAACCGCCGUAUGAAGUGGAAGAAGGAUUCAAAGCUCAAAGUCAAACAACAGUUCUAAGCCUCGCCUCCAGUGACCCACACGCGAUAUUUGAUGUCGUUUCUCCUCUCUUUUUUGGUGUUCUUGUAUUAUGUUUUAAUUGUGAACCAUUGAAAGUGAACUAUUAUAUUAAUAUAAGAAUGUACAUAUGUACAAAAUUACUUUGUCUUUUUUAGAAUCAUUUGCUGAAGACUCGAAAACUUUGCAGCUAUUAUGAGAAUAAUGCAGUUGGCCACUUCACCUCGACAUUUUGUUUUGUUUGAAUCUGUGUUCAGUGCCUGUUACCAAGUGUUAGGAAGUUCAGUGGUUUUGUAAGACACUGAUCAUGUUUGCUGUACGUUUGGUUGAAAUGUUGAAAUUAAACGUGAAGUCUUUAGCACAAAAAGAAAAUGAUUGAGUGAAAUUAUUUAAUCCAGAUUACUUAUUAUUUAUUUAUUUAUAUUCAGUCCACUGAGCAAGUGUGCACUAAAUGUCCAAACUGUGGGCUUCAUUUGAGUAUGCGCUGAAAAAAUAAAUACUCGUGUCACUCAGAAGGAGAACGUUUCCAUGUUGGUGCUUGAGCUGUUCUGCAGAAGGCCUCUUGG